GGACGAGGACUCGUUUUUCGCUUCCCCACCUUGUUUUGCCUUCUUUCUUUUUCUUGCUUCAAAAGAAGGGCGGCGUGUUUCACCUGUGGCUCUGCAACAGCCCACAAAAGCUCCAGAGUCGGAGUGUCCCCUCGGAUGAUCCCGAAUAUGUGGCUGUGCGUGACCAUGGAUUCCCAUUCAGAAGCUCAUCCUGUCCCUUGCUCUCCGCACCAAACUCCUGCACGACUCUCCUUCCUGCCGACCGCCUUACUUCCACUAUUUACACCGCUUCACGACUCGCACUUCACCAUCCGCGAACAAAUCAAGUAACUGACCACAGACAUGGCUGCCACAGCUGCAUCUGCUACUCUUUCUCCUUCUCAGGUGGCUUCCACCAAGUAUGGUCGUGGCUUCAGGCCGUCGCUAGAGCCGCCGGCAGCGGCAUGGAGGAGGAGGAGGAGCAGGAGGAUGGUGGUGUGUGAGUUGGCGAGCGUAACGGCGGAUGAUCGGGUGCCUGACAUGGGGAAGCGGCAGCUCAUGAACCUGCUACUGCUCGGCGCGGUUUCCCUGCCCACUGCAGGGAUGCUCGUUCCCUAUGCCUCCUUCUUCGUUCCUGCUGGGGUUGGAGAUGGCAGCAGCGGAACUUUUGCAAAGGAUGCCCUUGGAAAAGAUAUUGUAGCAGCCGAGUGGCUCAAGACACAUGGGCCUGGUGACAGAACGCUAGCUCAAGGGUUGAAGGGGGAUCCGACCUACCUUGUUGUGGAGAACGACAGGACGCUUGCAACAUAUGGCCUCAACGCCGUAUGCACUCACCUUGGUUGCGUCGUUCCAUGGAACUCAGCUGAGAACAAGUUCAUCUGUCCUUGCCAUGGUUCACAGUACAACAACCAAGGGAAGGUUGUUCGCGGUCCCGCACCGCUGUCCCUUGCUCUAGCACAUGUUGAUGUAAAUGUUGAUGAUGGUAAAGUAGUGUUUGUGCCUUGGGUGGAGACGGACUUCAGAACCGGUGAAGCCCCAUGGUGGGCUUAAAAUUCAGGCGCAAAUCCCUACUGCAAGUGGUGCGAAGAAAAUCCACAGUCAGUGUUUGAAUUGAAGGGGGAAGCUGUUACUUACUGUGUUUUUACGUGUAAUCCACCUUCAUUCCUGUAAUAUAUAAUUAUUAGGCAAUAAGUAUCCUGGGAGCAGGAACAUAACCAUAUAUCUGAAGCUGUCGGUGUGCUUUGUCAAAAUAUUGUAGUUUUUGUUCUUCCUUUGUUUGUUUUGGAUGUGCAGUUAACAAUCUUGGCAUGGACAAAUUUGUGUGGUUUGAAUAUUCCAUUCCUAUACUGGACGGCCAUAGACUGCUUUCCUUCCAUACUUUAAUU